UUUUUUUUUUUUUUGUGCAAAAACUUCAAUCUCUUUGUUCUUUAUCCAUUUUUUGUUUCGUUCGUCUUCAAUUACGCUCAAACACUAUCAAUUCAACUUUUUUAAAAAAUGGGAAAAGAAACUACCAAGUCUAGCAAAGGAGCCCGUUCUCAACGUCAUGAUCCCCUUCAUGUUCAGUUAGCUGAUCUGCCUGAAACCAGUACUCUUAGAAAGCAACCUCGACAGAAAUUCGUUGAGCGUAACAAUAGAGCCGAAGACACAGGAGAGGAAUAUUUGGAUGCUAAAUUAUCCAAGAAAAUUUUGAAAAUCGCAAGAGAGCAACAGGAACAGAUUGAGAAACAGGAAGCUGAUGAAGAAGAAAGAGAGGAGAAAGUGGAUAAAAAGAAGUUCCCUUUAGGGUUUGACCCUGAUGAAGAAGAUAUUGAUGAAAUAGAUCAAUAUGCAGAUUAUGAAGAGCUUGAAAUUGAUGCAGCCGAUGCAGAAACAUUGGAAAAGUUUAUGCCCAGUGCACCUAGACAAAAAAAGACAUUAGCAGAUAUAAUUAUGGAGAAGAUUAAUGAGAAAAAUGCAGCUGAAGGAAAAGAAGCGAUUGAGAAAGAGGAUGAGUUAUCACCUUCUAUGAACCCCAAAGUUGUAGAAGUUUAUACAAAGGUCGGUCAGUUAUUAAGUCGUUAUAAAUCGGGUAAAUUGCCCAAAGCGUUCAAGAUUAUUCCCUCAUUAGCUAAUUGGGAAGAAAUAUUAUACCUCACUUCACCUGAAACAUGGACACCGCAUGCUACUUAUGAAGCCACUCGUAUGUUUGUUUCUAAUUUGAAGAUCAAGCAAGUACAACGUUUCUUUUCACUCGUUCUUUUGGACCGUAUUCGUGACGAUAUUCAUGAGAAUAAGAAAUUAUCUUACCAUCAUUACUUGGCACUCAAAAAAUCACUCUACAGACCUGCUGCCUUUUUCAAAGGGAUCUUAUUUCCUCUUUGCGAGUCCGGCAACUGUACCUUGAAAGAAGCAGCUAUCGUCGGUAGUGUGUUAGCCAAGGUCUCCGUCCCUGUAUUACAUUCAUCCGCAGCUAUUUUACGUUUAGCAGAAAUGGAAUAUACCGGUCCCAACUCCCUUUUCAUCCGUAUCUUGCUCGAUAAGAAAUAUGCUUUACCUUUCAAGGUCGUGGAUGCACUGGUGAUGCAUUUUGCUCGUUUCAUGAAUGAUCCCCGUGAAAUGCCUGUCCUUUGGCAUCAAUCUUUGUUAGUCUUUGCUCAACGUUAUAAGCAAGAUUUGGUGAGUGAGCAGAAGGAUAUCAUUUUGGAAGUGCUUCGAAAGAAACCUCAUCAUGCCAUCUCACCUGAAAUUCGUCGUGAAAUUGUUCACGCUCAAGCAAGAGAUGAAAUGUUGACGGGAAGAGAUGAGGCUGAUGAUGAUAUUAUGAUGAUGGAUUAAUCGUUGCCAACAAUUGUUUCUUUUUUUUUUGUUUUUUUU